UUCCCCACUUGAAAGUUACACUUUGGCUCCAUGUUUCAAGCAGAUUUUGAGUAAGCAGCAGUUGAAGAUGCUCCUUGAAAUAAAUUAAGUUCUGAUUUAGGAUAGACAGAAAGAUCCAAUGAGAAAACCAAAGAAUCAAACGCACGAUGAGGACUAAGUUUGACUGAAACAUAUUUUCAGCCCAGGAUCAAGAAAUAGUUUGAGAUAAGAAGCAGAUGCCUGCAAUUAGUUCUGUACAGCAAGCAUAAGAAGCCCAGAAAAUUCCCAUACAAAGUUAAAGAAAAAUAAAUUGCUAUCGGAAUACCUCGAUGAGUAUAUUGAAGGAGGUGAUAUCUGUUCUCUGCUUGUUCAUAUGUGUCAAAGCUCAACCACCAUCCAGUCAGGGUGAUAUCGAUCCACUUCAUCCAAGCAUGGCAGUUGUGCUGGUUGUUCUGUCAAUUAUGUUCUGCAUAACUUUUCUCAUUGUGGCUUAUGCAAAGUUCUGUCAAAGACUUGAACCAUAUCAUGCAAAUGAAGUUCAAGAACCUGGUGGGAUUGUCAGAUCAGGAUCUCGAUUUUCUGGUAUUGACAGAACGGUAAUUGAGUCGCUUCCAUUUUUCCGGUUUUCUUCACUGAGAGGAUCAAAAGAAGGGCUGGAAUGUGCAGUAUGCUUGUCAAGGUUUGAGGAUGCUGAAAUCCUUCGUUUGCUGCCAAGGUGCCGCCACGCAUUCCACAUGAAUUGCAUCGAUAAGUGGCUUGAAAACCAUUCUAGCUGCCCACUCUGCAGGUACAAGUUUGAUGUGGGAGACCUCAAAAGCUUGACAUAUACGAAUAGCUUCAGAAAUCCACAAACCUCGGUAGAGGAGCCUAAUCUUGAGUUCUUCAUCCAAAGAGAACCGAAUCAAGAACGAUCUUCAAGAUUUAAUAUGGCAAACACCUUCCAGAAACUAGGAAGAGGGAAAAGAGAAGAGCCCUUGAUUCAAGAAUUUAGGAAUGAGAACAGUGACAGGAAACUUGUGCAUCAUUUUAAGCACAGGAUAAUUGUCUCUGAUGUCAUCCAUAAAAGCCGCUGGAGUGAUGUGAAUUCGUCAGACCUGAUGUCUUUGAACUCUGAGAUGCUGAAUGUCAUUUCGAGCAAAAGAUUUUCCGCAUUGGAGUACAGUAGUGGGAGGUUCACCAAUGAACUUUCAGCAAAAGAACAAAUCUUGAAGAUCAAAGAAGAUAUGGAGAGGAAAAGAUUGUAUGAGGUCAAGGUCGGUAGAAUUGAACAUAGUUCAGCCACAACUUCUAGCUGCCCUAAUGAUUCAGACAUUGAUUUAGACCAAAGUACGAUAGCUAGAACAUUGGAUCCGGCUCAGAAAAGAUCGAUGUCUGAAAUUACAAACAUUUCAAGAUUCACAGAAAAUGCAAGAAGCAGAUUAUCAACUCCAGCAAAUAUGGGUAAAGAUGAUUAUGUUAGAAGGGUGUGGUUGCGUAUUGCAAGGAGAACAAUUCAGUGGUUUUCAGGUCGUGAAGCAAGUCAUGAGGCUAGGAAACAGGCAUUAAUUGUCUGAAUUCUGCAUCUUUUGUUUCUGUAAACAUGAAGUUCUACAAACAACAGGCUGUACUUACUCCAUUAAACUAGCUUCAUUCUAUCAAGUUUCCGAA